UCUUAUUCUGGAGUUGUUCAUGUUUGCUUCAUUCAUUGCCUGGUUUAGUAUCACUUUCUGUCAAUAAAGGAAAAUGUUUCCUUUCACACAUUUCAUAACUGCAAAGAGAAGUACUUUUCCAUGUCUUGAAAUGAGAGAUUAGUAACUAUUGAAAAAGUAGGUGAAAUAAAAAAAACUUCAGAUCAGUUUUAAAUCACAGUGAUCCUGGAGCAGAUAUGGCAGGAGCGGAUUUCUUCGUGGAAUAUCCGGCCGGAUUUUACCGGAUAAUCUGGCCAUUUAUGGAUUUUUCAGUAAUAAAAAGUUUUGAGCCACUUUGCGAAAAAAUGUAUAGCGAGAAGAUCAAAGAGACCAAUUCAGGGUUGCCAGAUUGAAUUUACAAACGAAGGCUAGACUGGUGAGCAAUUUAAGCCAAAAUGCUCAUAAAAAGGCCAAAUCAAAAACUCUCUCAAGAACCCAUCGAGCAAGCACUGGUUAUAUUUCUACGCUUGUGCUUGUUAGAUAAUUUCUUAACUUAGAUAAGAAUCUUACUUUUUUCCAAAACCCUUUUUUCCAAAAUUUAGGUUAGGUGAUAAAAUUUGAAAUUUGGUUAACACUUUGCAGUUAACUACUAAUUAUUCCAUGAAUGUAAUAAUUACUCAUUAAUUUUAGACGUUCUGUUGAAAAGGCCAACAAGGUCAAAUUUAAGUAGUAAGCAAAAAACAAUUUCUCCAGGCAAUCUGAUUCUAAAAACCAAAAAUGAAAAAUUUGGCCUAAAAAGCCAAUCUGGAAACCCUGGACCAAAUUUGUGAAUUAUAUAAUCCAGUCUUCCUGUUUCGUGAUGACGAGCACUUUCAUUUAAAAUCUGUUUUCAAGGCGCUUGUUUUAUCGUCGAUCUUGUUUAGUUCUGGAAAAUCCAUUUUUAAUCACUGUAUGAAGAGAGUCUGACUUGGUUUUCCAAAGUUUUUUGCAGCUGCACUUUCUAAACAGCCUUUCUCUGCGAUAUUCUUUUAAAACUUCUGUUUCAACUUAUAUUAAGCCACGGCCAUUUCAACUUAAAUCGAAACACCUCUCCCGGUAUCGACACUACUGGCACAGUUAGCGUUAUCUUGCGAUCCUUCAAGCACGAUUGUUGCAGCACAAGAUUCAGACGUUGCCAUUUGAAUCGAUGGCUGCGGUACCAGGGACAUGGCAGAUAGAAAGUGGCAGAAAACUGCCGCCGGUCACUUUCCGGCUAUAUGAAAACCAGGCUUUAUUACAAAAAAAUUAAUUAUCAUGUAAAUUCGUGAACAAGAUUCGAACAUUGUUCUACUGGUUUAAAACGGUGUGCAACGCAAUGGUUUCAAUGUGUCUCGGCUUGUUUUCGACGUUGGUCUAUUUUUUCUCGUGUCUACUAAAAUAUCUGGAAACAUUUCUGGUAUUUGGAACCGGCUCAUUUUCGAGGUAAUACGCACAAUUGUUUUUUUAAAAGAAAAGAAAAAAUUGGGUCAGAUUUUGAGUACUCUAAGAGGCUCCAUAACAAUUUUAAUGUUCACUACUAUUGCCCUUGUGCUAUUUAAAAACAUUUCAAUACAAUUUUUUAAGCCUUUCCGAUGUUUAGACAUAACUCAAGUACCUUCUAUGCAAUACAUGCAGCAAAUGAAUAUAAAGAUUGUGUUGCGUAAUUUUAUUGUGCAUAAUCGAAUGUCACUUGACGUGUGCAAUACAUGUGCUUUCUCUCGCAUUGAAACCUUGCCGUUCCUUUGAUUCUUUGAUUUUGCAUCUUGAAAUGGCGGCUAAAUCAGAGUUCAAAUCACUAUCUUUAGUAUGGCAAUUCUUUUCUGUUGAAAAAACUGAAGAUGAAAGUGCUAUGUGUAAUAUUUGUAAGAGAAGAGUCAAGAGAGGGCAGAAGGACAAGGGUCCAAAAAGCUACAGCACAGCGCCGCUUCAUAAUCAUUUAAAGCGUUGGCAUACAACCGCAUACAAUUCUGCUUAUGCUGAUUUCAAGAAAGGGAAGGAGGAGACAAAAGGAUUGUCUAGCAGCCUUACACCGAUGGAACGAAAAUUGAAGGAGAUGCAAAGCGUGCAAAGCACACUGCAGGGGAGCUUUGCUGCGAAGAGAAUUUGGGACAUAACUGAUCAGCGCUCCUUAGCAAUAUCUAAAAAGAUCAUGAAAAUGAUGGUAUCUGAUAAUCAGCCAUUUUCAAUCGUAGUGGAUCAAGGUUUUAUUGAAUUAAUUGCUCAUCUUGAACCACACUACCUUAUACCUAGCAGGAAAUACUUUACACAAGAUGCCCUUCCAAAAUUGUACUCCGAGGUAAGGGGCAUGAUUGCAGACGAGUUGGACCAGGCUAAGUUCAUAUCUUUUACCUCAGACCUGUGGACUUGCUCAAAGUCCAAUGAGUCAUUGGCUUGAUGAAGAUUUUAACUACAAGAGUGCUAUGCUUAAUGCCAGACAUUUUCCAGGCCGGCAUACUGGUGGAUUAAUUGAAUCCAAUUUCAAUAUCAUGCUCGGUGAGUGGUCAAUUGAUCAUAGCCGUAUUCAGAUGUUGGUUCGUGAUGGUGCUUCAAAUAUAGCACUUGGUGCACGUCUCUCAGAGCUUGACAGCAUUCACUGUUUUAUAAAUCGACUACAAUUAUGCAUAGAAAGUUCAAUUCUCAGUCAAAGGUCAGUGAGUGAUAUGUGUGCUAAAGCAAGAAAGAUCGUGACGCACUUCCAUCAUUCUAGCCAGGCAUGCACUACAUUUAAGAACAUACAAAUUGAAAAUGGAUCAAAGCAGCCACUGCUUCUCGUACAGGAUGUAAAAAUGCGCUGGAACAGUACAUUUCUUAUGCUACAGCGGCUGAGUAUUUUAAAAGCUACAGUACAACUAUAUGCGGGGGACAAUGAAAUUCCUAUACUGACUGCCAAUGAGUGGCAGCUUAUGGACAAAGUACUCCGUCUGUUACAGCCAUUCUUUGAAAUUACUAAGAAAGUUAGCGGUGAACAGUCAAUUUUAUCAGCUGUUAUUCCCGAUGUUGCUGCUUUAGACAGGUAUCUUACAAAGUAUACCACAAAAGAUUCUGGUGUUCAUACCCUGAAAGAGGAGUUACGACAAGAACUCAAGCGGAGAUUUUUCUCUCCUAACGAGCAGGAACUUGACGUUACAUACAGCAAACCAUACGUAGUCAGUACUCUUUUGGACCCAAGAUUUAAAGGGAAGUUCGUGUCAGUUAAAUCCCUAAGCAAUGGACGGGGCAUGCUACUAGAAGACAUGAAAAAAGCAGCUUUAGUGCAAAAGUCGGCUGAAGAAAAGGGUGACAUUAAAAACAAUACAGACGAAGAGAACUGCGCACCAGGGCAUAAGAAAAAGAAAUUGGAGACACUACAGGAAGAGAUUCACUACGACUUUUCGGCAUGCUAUGACGAAAUUUCUGAACAGAAUGACCAUGUUUUGGGGUCUGAUGAUGAUCUAGGUGACGAUGACUUUCCACUGGAAGCCAUUGUUAGGAAAAGGAAAGAGACGCUGAGCGUCCCACAUUCUGUUCUAGCUGCAGAACUUGAGAGGUAUGUCAACAUGCCAUGCAUACCACGCACGGAAAGUCCUUUCCUUUGGUGGAAGCAGCACAAAACUACCUUCCCCCAUAUUGCCAAGCUAGCCCAACAAUUUUUAUCCACGCCAGCAUCUAGUGUUUAUUCGGAGCGGCUUUUUUCGGAGGCUGGAAACAUUUUUGAAGAGAAGCGAUCAAGACUUCUUCCAAGGAAUGGCGAGAAGUUGCUUUUCUUGCAUCACAACCUGGGACGAUUGUAGCUUUUUGAUGUUUGACUGUUUUUAUGUUUGACUGCCGAUUGGGACGCUUUUUUUUAACUUUUAAAACUACGUUCAAGUUUGUUCUAUUGCUUUUAGUUUUUGUUGUUCUUUGUAUUUACACUUUUAUAACUUGUUUUCUCUAGAAAUUUUCUUAGUUAUGAUUAAACUUCUGGAAAAUCCGGCAGCUGGCCGGAUUUCAGAAACAAAUCCGGCCGGAACCGGAUUUUCAAAAAAUCAGCGAUCCGGCGCCGGAUUAUCCGGCCUACCGGAUAUCCGGUACAUCCCUAAAAUCAACCUGUACAAUAAACAGGAACCCAAGUUUUCUUUGAAUUAAUCCCAGCAUAUCUGAUACCAGAAUCUAAUAAGAUUACCAGUCUACAGUAAAUAAUUUUUCUGCCAGGGUUUUUGAAACUUUGAUUCU